AUGUCUGGUCCUUCCAGCGUCGCUGCUGUGAAGAAAGUGAUCCAACAGGCCCGGCUGGAGGCUGGGCUCAACCCUGUGAAGGUUUCCCAGGCAGCUGCAGAUUUGAAAGAAUUCUGUCUGCAGAAUGCUCAACAUAACCCGCUGCUGACUGGAGUAUCUUCAAAUCCCUUCAGACCCCAGAAAGUCUGUUUCGUUUUGUAA